AGUGUGUCUCGAUCGGCAGAAGAAUACGCGCGCAUUUUGAAACAUUAAAAACGGCAACUUCAGUGUUGCUUUAGUUUUUACAUAGUUUAAUGUGAAAAAGACUCAUAUUGUUAAAUUAUUUUAGCAAUCAUAAUAAAGUGACUGAAUUUGCUGGAAGAUACAAAAACAUUUUGAACAUGCCUGAUCAAGAGUUGGAGACGAACAGAGACCUAGUGAAUAUCAAAAAUUGGUUAUGCAAGCAGCCGCAUCUACCUCAUGAUGUUGAUGAAGUACUCCUCAAGCGAUUUAUCCUCAGCUGCGGGUAUAGUAUAGAGCGUGCCAAGCGCUCUCUGGACCUGUUUUUUACGAUCAGAUCUAAUGCGCCCGAGCUAUUCUGCAUGAGAGACCCGUGGUCACAAGAAAUUAGACGCGCCUUUGAAGUCACGGAUUUAAUACCUCUCCCGAGAACCACGAAAGAGAACUACAAGGUAUUCCUGUACCGGCUGAGUAAUCCCGACAUGGACCUGUUCAGCUUCGUUGACGUAGUAAAGGCCUUCUUUAUGCUCGCAGACACCAGGUUAACGGAGGAAGAUGAGAUUCCAGCAGGCGAAAUACCGAUCUUCGACUCCGCCAACGUAUCACUCAAGUUCAUACCGAAAAUUAAUCUGUCAGUCUUGAGGAAAUAUAUGAUUUACACACAGGAAGCUCUCCCUAUUCGUCUGAAGCAGGUUCACGUGAUCAACGCACCGGCUUACAUCAGCAAAAUACAUGCUAUCUGCAAACCAUUUAUUAAAGCGGAGGUCGCUAAGAUGAUCAAAUUCCAUGAGCCAAAUUCAGACACGCUUUAUAAGGACAUCCCCCAGGAGCUCCUACCCGCCGAAUACGGCGGCAAGGUUGGCACCAUCGCAGAGAUCAAACGGUUCUGGAUUAAGCGUAUUGAGGCUAAAAGGGAUUGGUUUUUGUCUGCGGACAAGCGCUGGGCGGUGGACGAGUCGUUGCGGCCCUCCACUGGACACGACGAACGCGUUAACAACAUACGGGAUCUGCCUGGAUCAUUCCGCUCACUAGCACUCGACUAGCAACUCUUUACUCAUUACGAAGCACACUUGUGGGGUAGCCGGGUGUCAUCGGAGUGACACCCGAGAUGUUUUAUAAUGGCAUCUGAUAUAGUUAAGUUAAUUUUACAAAUAUGAAGUUGAAUAAAAUCAUUCUUAGGUUGACUCUAGAAUUUCUGCUAGGUGUCAACCACUUCACUGAAGUUUACAUUAUUCCAGUAAUAGGGGAGACCGAGGUGAAACAAUUUUGACAUUUUAUUUCAUAUAUCAAAUACUAUUCACAGAAAUCGUAUGAUAUUAGUACCAAUCGAAAGGUAAUUAUUAACACCUGCGAAUGACUAACGUAAAGUAGUUGUAAACGUUAAAUAUUGGGGUAGACAUCGACUUAACCGUAACAAGUCAAUUUGUUUCAACUCUCCUCAUACCGAGGUAAGAUGAAACAGGGGACGAGGAGAGUUGAAACAUAUGAUUUUUGAGAAGCAUUAAGGGAUGUAAAAUAAAAAUGAUUAUAUAAUUUCAAGGUAUUUAUUCAAAUAAAACUUUUUGGUAUGUAACAACUUUUUAUAUAAGGAUUUUGUAAUGAUAUAUCAGUCAAGUAUGUAACUACAGGUCUCAUAAAUAUAUUUAACUCUUAAAUGAAUUAAUUACACCUUUAACUUAAAUAAAAAGGAUCUUCCUCAAUCUUUAACAUACAAUAGUUAUUAAUUUUCAGUAAUUUCUUAAGUAUAACAAUGAUGCGGUCUGGUUUCUGAACUGUUGUGAUACCUGAUUCAUCAACUUUCCAUAUAGGCUUCCCUUGUAACCCUGUAGUAUAAUUUUGGAAAAAAAGUUGUUCAUUUGAUCUGCUAAACUUGUAGCUCGAGCGAUAGUUGUAGGUUGAGGUAGUCUAAGUGAAAGAACAGGAUGCCGUUUCAUAAAUGAUCGAAGCCAAACCUUUCCAGCCAUUUCAUGAGCAGUCCAAGCAGAAGGGAUUUUUUUAUUAUAUUUUUUAUAAUUAUAUUUACAGCCAAUUUAUAGGCAAAAGUUCUAGCUUCUUUAGUUCUUAGGCGAAAGUUAACAGCAGCGCAGUUUAAAAGAUUGCCUUUUCCUCUGAAGCUGUAAAAAGUCUUUUCAGGAUAUCCAACUCUAGAAGCAGUUGCCGUUACGUUGCCUUCAUAAGCAUUUUUUUUUAAUGUACCUGCAGAGAGAUGUAUGGUUCAGAUUAUAACUCGAAACCGCGUCACGGAGACUUUUCUGGCGCAAAAUUACUUCUUCUGCUGCGAGAUCAUAUAUUUCGCGACUUGCCAUACCCCUGUCAGUCUUUCUUUUAUAAUAAGUUGGCAUUCUAAAACAAAAUAAAUAAAUUAAGUUAUCAUAGACAUUAAUUAGGAGCGUUACUACCCGUCACGCUGUGUGCAACAUUCGUGAAGUGUAUGCUGUGGCAUUUGUCUGCUUUGCAGCCAUUUUCCAAUAUCUCAUGUUAUCUAUGUAGAGGAGACCGAGGAGAGCUGAAACAGUCUGUUUCAAAUCUCCUCAGUAGAAAUAAAACCUCUCAUUUUUAUUUAAUCUACAAUGAAGAAGCAAAUACAUAGAAAUCAACUGUACCAAACAUAUACAAUGAAUCUUUAGUUUAAGAGCUUUCGAAACACAUAUAACUUAAACCAAAAUACAAAACCUAUAUAAAAAUAUAAACAUCAUAACAAAGCCUAAAAAACUUACUUUUCACGAUUUUUGACAUACGGCUGACAGAACUCCACAACCGCGCGAGGCACACCUCCGACGUGAACUCCCACCACGACGGGCGGAGAAAAAUUGUUAUAAGGCGAAGUUGCUAACCCGAUAACGGUUUUAAGUUCCGAGAAAUUGGUACUGUUUCAACUCACCUUUGUUUCAAAUCUCCUCGGUCUCCCCUACUUAUAUUGUUUUCUUGUUUAGGUUUGUUUCACACAGCGAUUUAGCCUUUGUAAAUUAUAGCCUAUGUCUCCUGUGUCUUUUGCAGCAUGCCGUAGGUAAAAUAUUUUUUUGAAUCAGUCCAGUAGUUUUGGAGCACAUUAAAUGCAAAUAAACAACCAAUUCUUUCCUCUUUAAUAGUACAGAUUACGGUAUAUUUUAGAACCGGUGCUACUUCUGUGGGUAAUUAUGAGUUCAAUUACUAUCCUAUUAUUUUUGUCUGAUAUAUUCUAAAUUGAUAUAGUAAAUAUUGGUAACCGAUAGAUAAUAUACUACUAACAAAAGGUUUUAUUGACUGAAAAGGCUAUGAUUAAAAAGUACAGAGUUUUCAUCAGUAUAAAAUUAAGUAGAUACCUGCAUACAUAAAAUAUACGUUCAUAAAAUCACAUUGAUAAAAUUUUGCUUGAUAUAUGAAGCUUAAGUAAUAAAUUACUCUAUACACAACUCUAUAAUGAAUUAUGUCUCUAUAAAUAAGCUGAUAUUGCGUCAUGAAUAAUAGGAUAAGAUGUAGGAUAAAGGCAACAUAUUAUAGGAUAUCUUUUCAUUUAAUUUGUUGUAAAAAUGGUGUAAUUUCAGUGCCUAUUUAGUAGGUAUAUAGGAGAAAUAUUGUAUUGAGAAGUUUUCUUUAUAAAAAUGUAUAAUUCAAAUACAUUUUUUGUGAUGUGAUAUAAAAUAAGAUAAAAAUAUAAUACUUGGUAACUUUUGUCAUAGUUAAUAAAUGAAUUU